AUGAUGUGGAGUGGCGAACAAUUGCUUGAACUUAUUAGUUUGUAUCAAGAAAACCCUGUUAUUUGGGAUCCAAAAAACCCGCAUUACUUUAAAAAAAAUCUGAAAAACGAUGCUUGGAGUAAUAUUGCUCAUUCAUUGGAAAGAGAUGUAGAAGAAUGCAAAAACAAAAUGAUUAGUUUGCUUGCUUCACAUCGAAGAGAAAAAGGAAAAGUAAAGAAGAGUCAUAGUUCCGGAAGAGGUGGGGAUGAAACGUACAAAAGUACAUGGUUUGCUUACAAGGCGUUGGCAUUUCUAGGAGAUCGAAAUAAUCCAAGGAAACGACGCAACACAGAGGUAACUGCAUUGAACUAG